UGAUGCUGGAUGGAGGUGCUCUUGUUUCUUGCGUUAUUGGUUUUUUGUGUCUCUUGAACUUUCUUUCAAUUAAGUGGUGGCUUAUGCGCGAUGAUUGAAGAGAAAAAGCAAGCUGCUGCUGAUGUGCUUUAUCAGUAUUCAAAGUUUGUAAUGGCAUGCAUUGGUAACCAAGUUCGCCCUUGCGACCUGAGGUUACACUUAAUGAAGGAAAUUUCAGUGUUGCCAACUACUCUGAAGAGAGACUCAUCUCCAGCUGGAGCUUCUCCUGAUGCAAUGGGUGAAUCAUCAAGCUCAGGUACUGCUAGACUUGAUAAAGCAGACAGUUUUCGAGCCCUAUAAGUCAUUGCAGAUAUGCAGUGUCCCAAGAUCUUUGGUACUCAAGGAUUUGGCAACAAUUCCAUUGCUUAUAACUUGUAGCAUCUUUCUGGUCUGAUUUCUAUGUGUAGUUUCUUUUGUUCUAGUGCAAGAUGUGAUCAUGUGAUAUGUACACCAUGAAUUAAUCUUGUUGGUUCUAUUACAGUGUUCCUUUUUCUCUUCCUGAAAGUUGUAGUGUAUGAUUUUACCUUGCUUGGUAAUUCAAUACCAUGUCUCUUGAUUUCUUGAGAUGUAAUAGAAUAAUGAAAUCUUC